AGAUACCGGACACCGCUGGCGAUAUAUAUAUGACACUGGCAAACAGAGUCACAGCACGAGGCUUCGACGUACAUUCUUCUACCCAAAUCCAUAUUUUCGAAAUUGGCAAGCACCAUGAAGCAAAUAAUUUUCACAAUCUUCCUCAUUGGAUGUCUGGCUUUCUGUGCUUCCUCAUCAGAGCCGCAUGAAAGAAAGCAAGCGUUGGACCUUCAAAUUGAUGAGGAGUCAAAGAGCCUUGGCGUGGAAGCUAUCCAAGUAGGCGAGGUGCUCCGCGCCAUUUCUUUGGAGCUCCGAAAAUCUUUGCAACAACCCGAAAAAGCUGAACAUCAGGGUGAAGAGUAUUUCAUCAAGAAACUGUGGAACAAGGCAAAGAACGCUGUGAAGCAAGUCGGAAAGGUCGUCGAGAAAACUGCAAAGGGCGUGAUCACCUCCAAGGCAGCUGACAUUGUUAAGAAGUUCCUGCAGGAGAAGAUCGGAGCAUACGCCCUUGAGGACGAGAAGACAUACCACGAUUUCCGUCAGGACCUGAUGGAGGAGCUCGAUCGUGCAGGAGACCUCCUUAUUCGAAAAGGAACACAGCUCUGUUCAUGCCGUGGCCGUAAGCAUCUUGACGAACACGAGAAAAAAUUCGUCCAGGGCAUUGCCGAAGCUCUAUGAUGUAGAAUUUUGAUAAUCAUAUGAAAGAAUGACUAAAGAUGGAGUAUAGAAUGACU